CAUGACAACUGGGAUGAGUGUCUAGCAGGAGUAAUAUAUGGUAUAAACACGGCCAAACAAACCUCCACUAAGAUGACACCUUUCUAUGCCAUGUACAUUCGAGACCCUCAUUCACCGCUCAUUCUCAAUGCUGGCAAGGACGAGACUGCAGAUGAUCCAGCCCCAGAUCCAGUCCCAGGCUCCACCAACCUUCAGUCAUCACAUAAGCCAGCAGAUGGCCCAGGGAGUUUUAAUAUUAAUGAUAUUCCUUCUUCUUUGCAGGAGGCC